AUGAACAAAACUGAUCCAUUGUGUGUCCAGUUGUUAAAAAGUUUAAUUCUAUGCAGCGAAAAAGCUGCCGUAAUAGCCCGUACAAUUAAAAGACAAACUGGUAUCUUUCAAACACUUGUUCAAGUGAAAGAUUCAACUGAGGCUAAUUUAAGAUUUAGCGUAGAUGUCAAAACUUUGGCUGAUGUAGUUAUUCAAGAAGUUGUAAAGUACGACCUAAAUUUACUUUUUCCUGGAUUCAACAAUUCGGUGUUUGGUGAAGAAAAUAAUCGUUUUUCUGGUAGUUCCGGUAAAACAGUGACAAUUCAACUAUCUUCUAGAGAAAAUCUCGCUGAUCUUUUAGUUGAUGUUUUAGGCAACGAUUUAGAUUUUGCAAAUCAAUUAAGUGAAAUUUGUUUUCGACCGCUAGAAUCGUUUCAGACACAAUUUUCAGUGUGUAAUAUUUGGGAAGAUUUGAUCUCCAAUUGUAAUUCACUAUUUAAAAUAACCGAUAUAAAAUAUUCUGAUAUUGGAACAUUUGGUGUAUGGAUCGAUCCAAUAGACUCAACAGCUGAUUAUGUUCAAGAUCAGUUUGAUAAAUUUCAUUUUACUUCAACUAAUUCAUCAUCUACUCAUUUAUCUGGUAUAGAAUUAGAUAAUCUAAAUCAAAUUAAUCAUUUUUUUGAUAAUCCAACAAGUUUAAUACGGUUCUAUCAUGGUAGUCUUAUUAAUGUUACAAUUUUAUUAGGUUUAUUUGAUUAUUCAAAUGGUUUACCAUUAAUUGGUGUUAUAAAUCAACCAUUCUAUUUAAAUAAUAUUAUCAAUUCACCUAAUAAUGAUAAUCAUUUAUCAACUGAUGAAAUAAAUUCAUUAUAUAAUUAUGGAAGAAUAUUUUGGGGUUUCAAUAUUAUUGAUUCUGGAAAUUCUUUACCUAUUACUAAAUAUUCAAAUAAUUGUUCUAAAUCAGCUUUAUUGAAUCCUUUGGAUAAUUUAAAUUUACCUAAAUAUCUACAUUUUCCAGAUAAUUUUUUUGAUGUACUUUGUCCAGAUCGUGUAUUCAAUGAAGAGAAACCAAUUUUAAAACUUGCUUGUAGUUCUGUAGAAUUUAGUCGUUUAACUAAUUUAUUCCAUAACUAUAAAGAUGCCAAUCAAGAUUUAGUCAAUGUUGUGUUUUUGUCAUCAUCCGGAGCUGGUUUUAAGCAAUUAUGUGUAAUAUUAGAUCAAGUGGACGCAUUUAUUUUAAUGGAACCAAAUACAUUUAUAUGGGAUACAUGUGGACCACAUACAAUCAUGAAUUCAUUAGGUGGUGGUAUUAUUCAAUUAAAAUAUGCAUUAAAUUCUAUUAAAUUAUUAUUAUUACAAAAACAAUUAUCAAAUAAUUACAAUCUAAUUAUUCAAUUAAUAAUGAAUGAUUUACAUAAAUAUCAAAUUAAUUACAAUAUUAUAAAAUCAUCAGAAGAGAUACAAACAGUCAACUCGGUCAAUCUUUCCAAAUGUUGUAAUCGUAAUGGCUUACUAGCUUAUCGUAAUCCAUUGAUAGCUAGUCAAAUUCUUCUUCAUAUUGCAUUAAAUCAAAAAUAG